AUGAAAAAAAUCUUGGAAUUUCGGGGAAUAGAGGUAGGUGCUGCUCGCGAUGUUUUUCGGGAAGCGGCUCGGCUAAAAUUAUUGGCUGAUGCUGAGAAAUGGUUUGCUUAUAUCAAAAAAAGAAAUAUUACGAAGAACCUCGAUAUGCUACAAAUAGAAGCUAGACAUCAAAAAAUUGUUCAUUCAAUUCUCUCCAAAUACCCUUAUCAGUUCUAUGCUUAUGGCUCUCGGGUUAAAAACCAAGCCAAAAAAUAUUCCGAUUUAGACCUUUGUUUUUAUGGAAAAAUACCUUGGAAUGUUCUUAGUCAUAUUCAAGAAGAUUUUGAAGAAUCGGAUUUGCCUUUUAAAGUGGAACUGGUAGCUUGGGAUGUACCCAAGAGGCUGAAGGGGCCGGCUUGGAAAGCUGGUAGGGAUAUUCAUAGCGUCCGCGGAGGUUCGAAUCCUCUCACUUCCGCCAAAAAAAUAAAUAUGCUUUAUGCACCAGAAGAAAAAAGGAAAAUCAUACUGGAUAAUUACACCCAUCCUAGCAAGCAAGUAGAAUUUGAGGAGUUAAAAAAAUUUAGUAAUAAUUGGCAAACGCCCUUUUCAACUUUCCGUAGUUUGGAUAAAGUUGCUGCUGCUAAUAUACUUUGUGCUUCUUUGGAAAAUAAAAAUUUACAAUUUGCCCAGGAAAUAUUAAAUAAUUGUCAAAGCAUGAUAGAGGGGAAAAAUUAUAACUUAAAUGGUUGUCCUGACUUCCAAGUCUUUGCCGACAUAGCCCAGUUUCCCCAUCGGGUUGAAUGUAUAAAAUUAGUG